ACUGUACUGGUUAAUUUUUCUGGUAGGGCUGUUUCCCAAACUAUCCCUUCUAAACGAAAGGAAACUGCUUGUGGUGUCUUUGAGGGAGGUUUCCUGGCCCUUUAAGGUUUCAUUCCAGAUGGGCACGCCCCCCUUCCCACUGUUGCUAUGUACAUCUCCUCCACCCUAGUGACAGCGCAACCAUUCUGCCUCUGAAAGGGCCCUGGCGGCAUUCCCUUUCGACCUCGCCAUCCCUGAAUCUCCCGCUCUCAGCAAGAGAAAACCCCAGCAACACCAAUGGCGCCCAAGAAGAAAGGAGGAGGAGGAGGGCGCAAGAAGGAAGAGGCUGCCAAGGAACCAGAGCUGGAUGAUGCUAUCGUACCUGAGCACAGCCGGGAGUUUUACUUGAUUCAGAUCCGAGAUCUGGAGGGGCGACUAGCCCGGUGGGUAAAGGUGUGUGUGUGUGUGUGUGUGUGUGUGUGUGUGUGUGUGUGUGAAGACUGUAUUCUCUGAGGUGUAUAGGGAAGGGCAGCUGGAACAGAGCAUAGACACCAACUUCCACAAAUCUUUGCUAUGCAUUUGCUCCUUAGAUGGGGCAUACGGAAAGCAUCCCCUUUCUUGGUAGCCAGAGGUACCAUCAGGGUAGGAUUUAGGGGCUGAAGUAUCAAAGAAUCAGAGAGCUGGAAGAGACCACAAGGGUCAUCUAGUCCAACCCCCUGCAAUGCAGGAGUCUUUUUGCCCAAUGUGGGGCUUGAACCGACGACCCUGAGAUUUAAGGGUCUCAUGCUCUACUGACUGAGCCAACUCUACCUGGGGCCUCACUGUGCAGAAGGAGCACACCACCACCACCCCACACACAACUGGAGCAGAGGCUGGAUUCCUGCAUGCUAAGGUGGUGCCCAAUGUGAACCCUACUUGGAGUACACCCAUCGUAAUGAAUGAGCCAUGACCACCUUAGGCCCAUUCAUCUCAAUGGCUCUGCUCAUGGGUGUCAAGUUAGUUGGUUACAACCCGCUGCACUUGGAAUGGGUUCUGGGUUCCUGCCUCUUGACUGAUCUUCUUUUGCUUAGGUACCAGAAGAAAUGGGACGAGAUGCAGGUGAGCGAGGAGAUCUUCCGCAAUGAAUACGAGAAGAUGCUCCAUGACAACAAGGAGAUUGUGUCCUUUCUGAAGAAGACGCUCAACCAGCGGGUCGACGAGAUUGCAGAGCUGACGGAGCAGCUCCAGUUACUCCAGCAAGCCAAAGACACAGAGAAGGACGCCUUUGAGGCCCAGCUAGGCCAGCUGAGGCACGAGUUCCAGGAGACCAAGGAUCAGCUGACUUCUGAGAAUAUGAACCUCAGUAAGGCUGCCAGGCUGCUUUUUGGAAAAAGCAAAGGGGAAGGAGGUUUAGGCUCCCCUGCUUAGCUGCACAGGCGGAGUGUGCCUGUGUAGAGCACACUAGAAAGGAAUUGCUUUCAGUUGCUUUCCAGGAGAGUGCCUGCCUUGGGUCUGCAGCACUUUAAACUCUAUUUUCAGUUAACUGAAAAUAACACCAAGCUUCUGAAGCAUGCUGAAGGUAAAAUCAGAGCAUGUAGUUCUGUUGUUCCUAAUCUGUGUGUACAUAAUUCCACAAUCCAGGCUGCAAAUGCCAUUGGCUAUGUAGUCAGAAAAGCACCACCCGUGUGCAAGAAGAUGUGUGUCUCCUAUCAAACCCCCACCUAGGUUGGCACUACCAGGAGCCUUGAUGAGGCAGUUGCUUCAGCGGCAGUGAGGGGAGGGGCAGCAGGUUUGGAUUUGGGGCCCCACCUGCCUCCCUGCCUUGCAGAGACCUCAGAAGUGCUCCAGGGGACGGCGCCAAGGAGAAGGACGUGGCUGCACCUCUCUUUCUUGCCCCUACUGAUACCUCCUUUUAGCAACUGGGCACAAGGAAGGAGUUAAAUCCCAAACAGGCUGAGAGGGGUGUGAGGAUGGGUGGCAGCUGUCCUGGUGAGUCAGGUGGUCAGGCCAGGUGCAAGACCUGGGUGAGGGCACAAAGUUCUCCAUGGCACUCCUGAGGUGAGGUCACUUGGGCGGCAAAAGGGUAGGUAGAGGCAGGCAGACAAGGAGGGGUGGGCAAAUGAGUACCACCCUGGCACAUGGAGGCUGCCUCAGAUGAGCAGCCAAGUUGAUCACUUGGCUGCCUGGCUGGGCUCUGUACUUAGAAAACCAAAGGGAAAGAGACAGAGCCCCCGGUUCAGGGGCAGCCUACCUCUGCAUAACAGGUUACAGGGAUGGGCACUGUUUCCUUGUUCAUUUCAGGUAACAAAAUAUAUUGAGCUGGCUAUGCUCAUACCCUAGUAUGAUGACUGGAGCCUAAGGGGGUUGCCUAAAGUCAGAAUUUCUGGUCGCUAGGUGGCAAGCUGGCUGCCCUGGAGGAUUUUAGGAUCCACAAAGAUGAGAUCAUGUCGAAGUUUGCCGAACUCGAGGCGCAACUGAAGAAGCAAGCAGAAGACCACAAGGAUUACAUCUAUAACCUGGAGAGGAAAGCUGUGAUUGAUAAAGAGAGGUGUGUACUGUGGGAUGGGGGUGACCAGCUUUCACCAACCUAGUGCCCCCCAGAUGCUUUGAACUACAACUCCCAUCAGCUGGCUGGGGCUGACGUAAGUUGUAAUCUGAAACAUCUGGGAGACACCAUGUUGGUGAAGGCUGGGAUUGACCAAGGGCGCCAUUGUGUCAAGUGUUCAGUAGGAUGGAACACAUGCAGACUACAGGCUUUGCAGACCUGUAUUGUUCUUGUUCGUUCGUUCUUUCUUAUUUAUUUAUUUAUUUAUUUAUUUAUUUAUUUAUUUAUUUAUUUGCAAUGACCUCAUGGUUCAGCCAACUGGAGCUAGUAGCAAUACAAUGGCAGAGUAGUGAGGGAAAGAGCUACAGGCAAAAUGGCGGGCCCAGGGGUGGAGACAUGCUCUGCUGAGAUGGCCUGCCUAUCCAAACCCAGACAUCCCCACUGUGAAACUACAGAUCAGGGGUUCUAAUGUAACCAAGAAUCAGUAUAUGGAAAGGGACUAAAUAUCAAGUGGUGUGAGAGACCUGGAGAGCCAGUGCCUGUCAGAGCAGGCAUUACCUGGCUUGGUGAAGGCAACCUCUCUUUUUGUUUCUUAUUUAUUUAUUUCACCGGUUGUAAAAAACAAACAAAAACCCGGACAAACCUCAAAGUGGUUUACUACAAAAAUAAAGCAGUAAAAUCAAGAAAAAUGUGUAACCCUACUUUCAAACAUAUGAAAGUUAAAUUAUCAGAACAGAUUAAAAUUACCUCUCCUUUCUAAGCAUCUGAUUAGGGUUGUUGAAACAGGAAUGUUUUUAGCAGGCAUUGAAAAGAGUACAUUGAAGGCGCCUGCUUAAUCUCAAGAGGCAGGGAGUUCCAAAGGGUAGGUGCUGCCACACUAAGCGAUUGAUUUCUUACAAACACAGAACAGGUAUUAUGUGGCACUUGUAGUAGUGCCAGUUUUGCCGACUGAAGUGGUCAAGUGGGCACAUGUGGGGUAAGGCGAUCUCUCAGAUAAGCUGGUGCCAAGUUGUUAUGGGCUUUAUGUACUAAUAGUAGCACUUUGAACUUGACCUGGUAGCAAAUUGACAAUCAGUGCAGACCUUUGAGCACAGCUGUUGUAUGCUGACAAGGCCUCACUCCCGUCAGCAACUGUGCUGCAACAUUCUGCACUAACUGCAGCUUCCAGAUCAAGUGUGAGGGAAGCCCCACACAGAGCACAGUGCAGAAAUCCAGGCUUGAAGUAACCGGUGCAUGAACUACGGUGGCAAGUCUUUAUCGGUCCAGGAAUGGCCAUAGCUGUUGAAAGGUUACCCACCCCUAUUAUAGGACAACAGUGUGAUUUUUAAAAAUGUGUAUUUUGUUAUUUCCUGGAUUGCAAAUUCCUUGAAUCCUGUAAUGCAGAAAAGCAUGAAAACAGGCACCUGGUUUGCCAUUGUGAGGAUAGGAUGUUGGCUGAGUUGGGCCUUUGGCCUGAUCCAGCACCCUUAUGGUGGUACUGAAAUCACAAAUGAAAUGAAAUGGCACAUGUUGCCUGGGGCAGUAGGAUAGAUGAUCCUUGGGUGCUUUCCAGAGGGCUUCCUACUGGACCAAGGUGGCUCAGACACUGGCCAAUCCGCCUUUGCCACCUCCCAGCUGCAAGGCCAGGAGCUGUGCCUACUGCCAGCUCCUUGCUGGGAUAGUGAGCCAGUGUGGUGUAGUGGUUCAGAGCGGUGGACUCGUAAUCUGGUGAACCGGGUUCGCUUCCCCGCUCCUCCACAUGCAGCUGCUGGGUGACCUUGGGCCAGUCACACUUCUCUGAAGUCUCUCAGCCCCACUCACCUCACAGAGUGUUUGUUGUGGGGGAGGAAGGGACAGGAGAAUGUUAGCUGCUUUGAGACUCCUUAGGGUAGUGAUAAAGCGGGAUAUCAAAACCAAACUCUUCUUCUCUUCUUCCUUUCUCUCUCUCUCUCUCUCAGGUUAAAGAAGGAGAUGAUGCACCGUGUGAAUACGGUAGCCGCUGAGUUCCGCAAGGUGGCCCACAGCCAGAUGGCAGAGACCACUAAGCGCACCAUCCGGGAGAAUGUCACCAUCAGCUUCCAGCUGACCAAGAUAACCGAGCAGAGCCUCCAGCUCCUCCAGGAGAACGAACGGCUCAAGGAAGCCCACUCAGAAGCUCUGAAGCAGCUGGAGCUGCUGGAGGAAAACGAGACAAAGAUGGCACAGAACAGCCUCAGCAACCAGAAGGUAAGAAUUGUCCUUUGCAAAAGUGCAGGGCUGGGCCACAAUUUAUGCCUGGGGUGGCCAGCAUGGUACCUUCUGAAUGCUGUUAGACUCCGAAUCCAAUAACACAGUGGGUAAUUCAGAAGUGCAUGAAGUUCCCUUCAAAGUAGUCACAACGACGCAACUUCACAGCUGCAUCCACUUCUAAGAUUAUACAAUCCUCUUUAAAAGAUACAGUCCACUUCUUCAUGUGGCAUUUGGCUAAACUAUGGAGCUUGCUUCCACGGGAGGCAGUGAUGGUCGCCAACUUGGAUGGUUUUAAAAAAGAACUGGACAAAUUCGUGGGGGAGGAGAAGGCUAUUGAUGGCUUCUAGCCAGGAUGGCCACACUCUGCUUCUACAGUUUGAGGCAGUGAUGCUUCUCAAUGCCAGUUGCUGGAAAGCUCAGGAGGGGAAAGUUGCUCUUGUGCUCAGGUCCUGCUUUCUGGUUUCCCUUUAGGUCACCUGUCUUGGCCACUGUGAGAACAGAAUGCUGGAACAGAUGGGCCAUUGGCCUGAUCCUGCAGACUCUUACGUUCUUACAACAAUAAUACAGUGGUACCUCGGGUUAAGUACUUAAUUUGUUCCAGAGGUCCGUACUUAACCUAAAACUGUUCUUAACCUGAAGCACCACUUUAGCUAAUGGGGCCUCCUGCUACUGCCGCAUCGCCGGAGCACAAUUUCUGUUCUCAACCUGAAGCAAAGUUCUUAACCUGAAGCAAUAUUUAUGGGUUAACGGAGUCUGUAACCUGAAGCGUAUGUAACCUGAAGUGUAUGUAACCCAAGGUACCACUGUAAUAACUAUCAAUGAGAACCUCCAUGCACUGCCUUCCAGCUAGAUCUACUGUAUUCUGAUCAUGUACCUGGACAAAUUAUUUGGAGUGCUCCAGUAGCUACAGGUGAAACUCAGGAAAUUAGAAUAUCGUGGAAAAGUUCAUUUAUUUCAGUAAUUCAACUUCAAAGGUGAAACUAAUAUAUGAGAUCGACUCAUGACAUGCAAAGCGAGAUGCGCUUCUGCUUCUCAGAGGUCCAGUCUUGCUCUAUUUGCAAUCCUUGUUUUGCUGAUUUCCUUGAAUAUUCUAAUUUUCUGAGAUGGUUAAUUUGGGGUUUUCAUCAGCUGUACGCCAUGAUCAUCGCAAUGAUAACAAAUCAAGGCUUGGCAUACAGUGGUGCCUCGCAAGAUGAAAUUAAUUCGUUCCGCGAGUUUUUUCGUCUAGCGAAUUUUUCGUCUUGCGAAGCACAAAAUCCCAUAGGAAUGCAUUGAAAUUCAAUUAAUGCGUUCCUAUGGUCAAAAAAAGUCCAAACAAAGUCAAAUUUGGUACAACAAGAGUUUAUUAAGUGCUCUUUAAAGUCACACAUACUGUAAAGAGCAUUUCAAAAAUUGAAGGAACAAUAAAUUAAGUUUCUAAACAUGACAGAAAAACAUUUAAAAAUCAACAAAGUGUACAGUACAUUUUCUAAGACUCUGGGGGACAACUCGAAGAAGGUUCCUCUUCCACUCUUUGCUUCUUGCUGAAGAACCCCGUCCUUAACUGUUCCCCCAGCCACCCACCACACAGAAAUUCAAAUCCAGAAUUUUUUUUAAAAAACAGCAGAGUGGCCCAAUGGUCACAGAAAAUCAUAAAAAUGCAGAAAAAAACCACACAAGCUUCCAGAUUCUUGCAAACCCCUCCUCAACUGUUCCCCCAGCCACCCACAACACAGAAAUUCAAAUCCAGAAUUUUUUAAAAAAAACAGCAGAGUGGCCCAAUGGUCACAGAAAAUCAUAAAAAUGCAGAAAAAACACACACAAGCUUCCAGAUUCUUGCAAACCCCUCCCCAACACCAAGUCCUUGAAUUCCAAACACCCCAACCCAAAAUCCAACCCCCGCAAAAAAAAGUUUUAAAAGUUUAAAAGAAGUUUUGGAAAAGCUUCAAAAAUCACCAAAGUCUUCAAAAACCUCAAAAAGGCUACCACACCGCGUUCUAUGAGUUGCUCCUCGAAGUCAAGUCGCAACUGUAUUAACGGUGUUAAGAAAUAGGAAACAAACUUGCAAGACGUUUUCGUUUUUCGUCUUGCGAAGCAAGCCCAUAGGGAAAUUCGUCUUGCGAAGCAGCUCAAAAAACGCAAAACCCUUUCGUCUAGUGAGUUUUUCGUCUUGCGAGGUAUUCGUCUUGCGGGGCACCACUGUAUCUCGCUUUGCAUGUCACAAGUCUAUCUCAUAUAUUAGUUUCACCUCUCAAGUUGAAUUAGUGAAAUAAAGGAACUUUUCCACAAUAUUCUAAUUUUUCGAGUUUCACCUGUACUUUUGGAGUGACUGAAGUUGUGCUUUCCCUGAAAUUCCAUUGUACGUAACAGAACUUUCACACCAUUCUCUUGAAACCAAAGCUCCUUUUGUUUUCAGUGUUGCUAAAUGCUUAGCUUUGGAGCAUGCCAAACUCCUCCUCCUUUGUGUCCUUCCUGCAUACCUUCUCCAGAGUGACCCUGGUGGUCCAUCCUCAGUGGCUCCAAUCAGCACAAAGGGUGAGAAUACUUAUUUUCAGUGGUUAGAAAGCUCCCCUUUCAUGCUUAUUGGGCAGCCUUGGACCAUGACACUUCUGUACAAUUCCCAUCAGCCUCAACCACCAUGGUCAAUGGUCAGGGAUGAUGGGAACUGUAGUACAAAACAUCUGAAGGACCCUACAUUGACUACCCAUGAAAAUAAAACAGCAGCUGACUCCCAUGUUGCAUUUUCUGCUCAUCAGGAAAACAAGAGCCAGUGACAUGAUCCAGGGCUGAUGCUUUUGUGCACUACUUGAGUAAACCCACCCAGCUAAUAAUAAUAAUAAUAAUAAUAAUAAUAAUAAUAAUAAUAAUUUAUUAUUUAUACCCCGCCCAUCUGGCUGGGUUUCCCCAGCCACUCUGGGCGGCUUCCAACAAAACACUAAAAUACAAUAACCUAAUAAACAUUAAAAGCUUCCCUAAACAGGGCUGCCUCUAACAUCCCAACCUUGUGCUUCCCAUGUUACUAGACUCCAACUCCCAUCAUCCCCAACUUUGCCCAUGCUGGCUGGGGAUGAUGGGAGUUGGAGUACAACAUUACCAGAAGGGCAUCAGGUUGUGGGAAAGCUGAUAUUAGUUACUAUAUUAUUUUCAAAUGGUGCUGAGCCUUUCCACACCCAGCUGAAGGCAGAAUGCAGGCUGAUGAUCACCUGUGUAUGUGACAGGUAUGCUCACAUGUGCAUGUUUGGUACACAGAUGAUCUGGAUGCUCACCAACAAGUGCAAGGAGCUGCAGGCGCAGGUGGAAGAGUACACGGAGAUGAAGAAGGUCAUGGCCCAAACGCAGGAGACCAACGAGGUGCUGGAGCAGCAGAACGUGGCGCUAAAGUUAGUACAGGCAUCUCUCUCUCUCUCUCUCUCUCUCUCUCUCUCUCUCUCUCUCUCAAGAGUCAGAGUCAGUUUUUUCACUGAACUAACUGCCCAGGCUUCUUUCCUGGUUAGGUGCUGCUGGUUGUUGACUAACUGUCUUGUUCUAUUCCUGGCCUGACCUUCUCCUGCCCCACUCAGAGAGGAGCUGACUCUGCAGAGGCAGGAGAUGCAACGGAAAAGCAGUGAAGAGGAAAGCCAAUCAAAGGCCCUUGAAGAGGAGCAUCAGCUGCGGCUGAAUGCUGAAAGAAUCCUCAGGCACACUGCCCAGGGCCUCAAGGAAGUGCUGCUGGUGAGUGUCUGGGAAUAUUGGGACACUGUUGGGAGGGUUUUGAGACCUUUUGCCACAUUAAGAAAAUCCAAGUUGAUUGGCCUUAUGAGCUUUGGCUCAUUUUUAUGGGUCAAUAUUGCAUCUAUUUGCAUUUGAGUUGUCUGUCUCGGGAGACAAUGGAGGAGUGCGCCUUUGGGGGUGAAGUCAAACCACUGGAGAGUUACAGCACCUGCUGUGGCUGUGGAGACUGAUAUGGGAGAGACAUGUUUUGUUGCAGCUGGGGCAAAGGAAGGUGUCCAGUUGUGCUGCUGCAGGUGCACCCAGGCAUUUUUUUAAAUAUAAUUUUUAUUAAUUUUCCAAUAUAAGAUUAUACAAACAAAACCUCCAAUUUAUCACCAACAUCCUCUUUUUGGACUUCCAUCAACAUGUCUGGUAAUUCUCCGUUUUACUCACUUCCACAUUUCUCAAUUUAAUAUUGCACUACCUUAAUAUCUUAUUUUACCUUAUUUUUUUAAACAAUAUUUCUAUUAUACAUUCUCAAAGAGCUUCCUGAAAACUUACAAACAUUAUCUGAUCAUCACAUAUACUUUUCAUAUAAUCUGUAAAUUUAUUCCAGUCUUCAGUGAAUUUCUGGUCUCGUCGGUUCCGGAUCCUCCCUGUUAAUUUAUCAAGUUCUGCGUAGUCCAUUAAUUUCAUUCUCCAUUCUUCCAUCGUAGGCAAUUCUUCUUGUUUCCAUUUUUGAGCCAACAAAAUUCUUGCUGCUGUUACUGCGUACAAAAACAAUUUCCAUUCUUUUUUAUUAAUUUCAUUUCCUAUUAUUCCUAAUAGAAAUGCUUCUGGUUUUUUAACGAAUGUAUAUUUCAACAUUUUUUAAAACUCAUUAUAUAUCAUUUCCCAAAAGCAUUUCACUUUUUUACACUCCCACCACAUAUGGUAAAAUGUUCCUUCUUUUUCUUUACACUUCCAACAUUUAUUACUUACUUUAUACAUUUUAGCUAAUUUCACUGGUGUUACAUACCAUCUAUAUAUCAUUUUCAUCACAUUUUCAGGUGCACCCAGGCAUUUAUUCUCUCUGCGCUCCUCCCAGCAGUCAUUCCUUCUCUGGUUACUGCUAAGGAUGCACGACCUGUCUGUCUGCAGGCACUGUGGUCGCUUGCAAGUGAUUCCCACACGGUGGUGGUGAUGUUUCCAGCCUUCAUGUCACAUUUGCAGAAAUCUUUGUAACACAGAGUUGGUUUGCCAACAGGUCUGGUGCCUGAAACCAUCUUUCCAUAGAGAAGAUCCUGCCAUCUUCCAGUCUGCAAACAGGAUCAAGCUAGUAAAAGCCAAACUGUUGCUAAUCUCCUUCUUUGUAGAUCCUGCAUUGAGCAAGGGGUUGGCUACAAUUCUACAAGCUAACCUAAACUGUCUGUUUCCUGUAUGCAUUUGGGCUGGGCAAACUGGGAUCACAAACUUGCCCACUUCAAACUUUGCAUUUUAUUUGAAGUGUGGGGAACAAAUAUGGUGGAAAUCUAGGGGGGGUUUGCAGCCACAUUCUUCCUCUUCACUCCCACAGGAACGCCCAUCUGAUGAGGAUGAGGAUGGCCACUUUGAUGUGAUGUUCCACUUAAGGCGCAAUGAUGUGCUGCAAGCCACCUUGAAUCUCCUGAACAGAAGCAUCGCACGCAUCGAGGCCAAUCAGCUUCUCCGCACUCUCUAUGUAGAGAGCAAGGUGUUCAAACCUACCACCACGGAGGGCAGCAGGUAAGCGAAAAGGGGAUGAGAUCCAUGAGGGUUGGGAGGGGUGCCACCGCCUGUUAAAGGUAAAGGUACCCCUGGGGUUGUGGUGCUCAUCUCGCUUUACUGGCCGAGGGAGCCGGCGUACAGCUUCCAGGUCAUGUGGCCAGCAUGACUAAGCCGCUUCUGGCGAACCAGAGCAGCACACGGAAACGCCGUUUACCUUCCCGCCAGAGCGGUACCUAUUUAUCUACUUGCACUUUGACGUGCUUUCGAACUGCUAGGUUGGCAGGAGCAGGGACUGAGCAACGGGAGCUCACUCCGUCGCAAGGAUUUGAACCGCCGACCUUCUGAUUGAAGAGCCAGUGUGGUGUAGUGGUUAAGAGCGGUAGUCUCGUAAUCUGGGGAACCGGGUUCGCGUCUCCGCUCCUCCACAUGCAGCUGCUGGGUGACCUUGGGCCAGUCAUACUUCUUUGAAGUCUCUCAGCCCCACUCACCCCACAGAGUGUUUGUUGUGGGGGAGGAAGGGAAAGGAGAAUGUGAGCCGCUUUGAGACUCCUUAAAAGGAGUGAAAGGCGGGAUAUCAAAUCCAAACUCUUCUUCUUCUUCUUGAUUGGCAAGCCCAAGAGGCUCAGUGGUUUAACCCACAGGGCCACCCGCGUCCCGCCACCGCCUGUUACGUUCUUGUAAAAGGACAAGCAGGCAGAGCUACUUAGUGAAAGGAAGCAAUGCAAUAUAGAUACCUGCCUCAUAGGAAUGGAAGAGGAAACUUGAUUCAAAUAGCACAGAAAGACAAAACUGCAGAAUCCACACUUUCUUCCCCCACCAUUAAAUUUUUAAUAUGUAUACAUAACAAGGGGGUUGGACUAUAUGAGCCUUGAGGAUGCCUUCGAACUCUGUGAUUCUAAUAUCCAAGGAAAUAGUCUUACCAAAGACAAUAAUUCCAGUCUACCCAGUCUACAGCAAUCAUAGGUCAUAUGCAAAUUCCCAAUAUAAGCUUAACAUUAUAGGCACCAAUUCUAUAGGGCAGAGAUGUAUUCAGCCCCUGCAAAGUUUGUUGGGAUGAGCCCCUUCAAUCUGCAGGGGCCAGGUCAUGCAGUAACAGCCCUUGCUGAGCCUCGUGGCAGCAGUGGGAGGCCUCAACAAACGUCAUGACGCCCAUGAUGGGAAACCCCCAAUGUUGGGUAAAACUCUGUGCCUCUGCUUAGCGUGGAAGUUAUCAGUCUACCUAAUCGUAUCCACAGGCAUUCCUGAAAGAGGAUGAAAAGGUCUCUCCCCUUUAUUAGCGCAUGCAAAAAAAGGGGGGGAGCCACAGGUUGCCAAAAUUCUAUAUGCAAUGCCUUGAUCUGAAAUGGCCACUUCCCAAACAUUACAAGCCUGGCUGCUGUUAAUAAAAUGCAGAUUGGCUCCUUAUGCAUAUUAACGUCUAAUGAGGAGUGCAAGGGCCUGCUCCAAAGAUGUACACGUGAUUCAAAUGUCUCAUCCCAGAACUCUCAUACUACUGUGUGGAAAGUCAUGUAUGGAAAAAGGAAGUCACAUCACCACACUCCUUCCAGCACAUGGGUUUUAUUUUUACAAGCCUAGAUGGGCUCCAGUGCUGCCUCCGUACAACCGUGAAAGUUGCACUUUCUGAAACAGUGCAUGAACCGAAACGCAGCCACUCUUCAAAAUUCACGCUUCUUUCAAUUCUGCAGGGUAGUUCUCCAGCCAAAAAUACAUGUUCUAGAAAGAAAAGCGUGUGUAGAAACAGCAUAUACACCAGCAGAAAGCACAUGCACAAAAUGAACCCCAGGCCUUGGCUGGGGAGGGCGGGGUAUAAAUAAAAAUUAUUAUUAUUAUUAUUAUUAUUAUUAUUAUUAUUAGACAGCAGCAUUCUGGGAAAACGUGUGGGUUAGGCAGAAUUGCAUGUAGAAAUGUUGAGUGUUAGGGGAAAUUGGCUGGAAAAUGCUGCUGAAUUUCCACAGGAACGUUUUGUAAAAUAAAUAAGCAAAUUCGCAAACUGGUAUGGAACUGUAGAUAUCUGUUUCUCAGCCUCUCUGCUAUCAAGCCUUCCCGCAUCAUGUCGCACAUGAAUGUUGCCAAGAUCCCAGGGACUCAUGCUGUCCACAGUAUGCCAUCUCUGAGCAACGUCUCCCAGGUCCGUGAGGAUACUGUCCGGCCGUACGCUAGUGCCACAGAGGUGAGUGGGGAAUCAGGACUUAUUGGCCCCCAGGUGGGAAGCAAUAACCAAAACCUAGGCAACAGCAUGGCUUCCAGGAAGCACCUUGCAGAAAUGAAGGCUGGAGCAAUAAUUCCUGACAUGCAUGGAAUUUGCUGCCACCGGUCUAUCAGCCAAGGUAGUUGCAAGGAUAAAACUGCGUGUAUGCCCGCUUGAACUCUUAGGAGAAAAGGUGGGAUUUAAUUUAAUAGUAAACAAACUGUCAUGGCUGCUCCCAAAGAUUUCUGGGAACCUCCAUGUGUUAUGGUUCUCUUCCCUAACAAAUCUUGGCACCCUUAACAACUAGAGUUUCCAGUAUGCUUUGGGGAGAAGCACGACCGUUGAAGUGGUAUAAUACUGCUUUAAAAAUGCACAGUAUGGAUGUGACCUUACAAGCCUUUCCCUUCUGUUGGGGUGACAGAGCUGUAUGGGCUGCACAUAGCCUAGUGUUUAUUUUAUUUUCAUUCAUUUUCACUUUUCUAUCCCACCUUUUAUACCCUUUCCAAGGAACUCAAGGGGGCUUGUAGUUUUUAUCCUCAUUUAUCCUCACAACAACCCAAUGAAGUAGGGUAGGCUGGCCCAGAUUCCCACCAUAUAUAUAUAUAUAUAUAUAUAUAUAUAUAUAUAUAUAUAUAUAUUUCCAAACCACCCUUGAAUUUACUACGCCAAGAACAAUAUAUAAAUGAGCCUGAUAAAUAAAGGUGUCCAGUGCUAUUCUGUCGAAUCGUUUUGUGGAGAACUACCCUUCUCCUCUGCCUCAGGCACUGAAAUGGAUUGGGCUGGUCCUGUUUUUUAUGAGUACAUUUAUCCGUGUUUUCAUCUGUGAAACUGUGAGGGGUGUGGAUUUAACAUCCCUAGCCUGAACACCUGCCCUUUCCCCCACAGCCUUUAAUAGCAGCAUGGAGAACGGAGCUGAAAGAGGAAGAGACCAAACCACAAGAGAAAGCUGUCUGUAAGAAACUGGCUACACAGCAGCCAACGGAGGAAUAGUGAAUGGAGAAGAAGCAACCCUUUAUCCAGUAUUCUCAUUUUGCAUCAGCACCUAUCCCUCCAAGAGAUAAUGAUACUCAGGGUGGAAUUCUGAGGACUUUUAUCCCAAUAGGUCAGUGCAGAACUGUCUGAGGAAAGUUACAGAGCCACUGAGCUGCUUUGAGUCAGAAACGGAAAGCAAACAAAGGAGGAGGCACAAGCGGCCCUCUAACCCAACCACGUUCCGAGGCUGGGUGGAUUUCCUAGGGCAAGGCCACCACACUGCUCCUGCAUGACAACAGGUCUUUGCAAAGUGGGAUCCAGCUAGGAUAGGAGGCCUGCCGCCUUUCUGGUAGCUGAUAUAUGCUCCCACCUUCUUCUUCCUUUCUGAAUUAAAGUGGAAGACACACUUCAACCCUUAUACUCAAGGUUUACUCUUUAGAAGUGUGAGGAAACUUUUAUUUAUGUAGAAGUUAAAGGUAAAGGGACCCCUGACCAUUAGGUCCAGUUGUGGCCAACUCUGGGGUUGCGGUGCUCAUCUCGCUUUAUUGGCCGAGGGAGCCAGCGUACAGCUUCCGGGUCAUGUGGCCAGCAUGACUAAGCCUCGUCUAUGGGUGAGC